AUGCGGGAUCAGGAGCUCACGGAGCUCAAGGGCCCGGAGCAAAGGCCGGCCGAGACCACCACACAGGCAUCUCUCUCUGUGGACAUGAAGGAUGUGCCAAUGCAGGUGCCGAUGGAGGCUGAGGCUCAGACGCCUCAGACCGAGGACACCACUGCACCAGACAUGACUGCGGGCUUCGAGCAGGUGGAUGUGCCGGAGACCGGGAGCGAUCUGCUGGAUCAGGGCCACUGUGAAGCUGUGAAGGAUGCAGAGGGUGGCCUCUGGUUCUUCCUCCUCGAUGCCUUCGAAGAUGAGCGAUCCAGCCCACCCCGAGUCUACUUGUUCGGCAAGGUCCAGGUCAAGUCGAACCAUACGGAGUAUCGCAGCUGCUGCCUCGUGGUGGAGAAGCUGGAACGUUGCUUUCACUUGCUUCUGAAAGUUGAGGACCCUUCGGAGCCCGAAUCGGCAAAGGCAGCAGCAAGUGCAGCCACGGAGGAGCUUGAGAGGCUCAGGAGUGAGAAGAUUCCGAGCAUGAAGGUUCUCCGGUGCAAGCUGAAGUAUCGAAACUAUGCAUUUGAGAAGCCGCUCUCGCAGGGUUUGGGCAAUCUGCCUUUCCUGAAAGUUGUGUGUGAUGCGGCUGGUGCCAUGCCGCCAGUUGGCCUAAGUGGUGACAACUUCACGCACAGCUUUGGCAUCCAGACCAGUCUCCUUGAACGGCUUUUAUUGACAAAACGUCUGAUGGGUCCUGCUUGGUACCGGCUUCGCCCGGGUUCAUUCAAAGAAGAAGCUGCAAAGCUUUCGCACUGCGCCACAGAGUAUCGCAUCACGCCGGCCUCUAUUCAGUUGCCCAAGACAGAGGCGGAGAGAACGCACUGGAACUCCCACAUGCCAUCAUCCAGCCCUCCGUUGAGAGUCCUCAGCUUGAGCCUGCAGACGUUCCAGCAGAGUGCCCAAGUGUCACAUGAAGUCCUUGCAAUUGGCUGCAGUUUGCAUCCGUCCGUGAGUCCCGAUGCCUCUGCAAACGAGUCGGACCUGCAGAAUUCUCGGCGAACUUGGGGAGCUAUCCGGCGCUUGGGUGCCAAUCCAUACCCACGCGAUGCCGAGAAGGAACUUGCUACUGGCGGCUUCCACAGCUGCAACAAUGAACUUGCACUGCUCAAUGCCUUCUUGCUGAAGGCGGAGCUGUUGAAAGAAGCCAGUCCAUCAGAGCUCAGCAGUCCAUCAGAUCUCCUCUGCCAGUGCCAGAUCAACGAUCUGAUGUGCGAUUUCUGCGAUUUCUGCGGUGUGAUUCAGCUCUGUCAGCUCUCAUCCCUAAUGUUUGCCAUUUCGAGGAUUGUGAGCUCUGCUAGCUGUGGCCCUGCUAGCUAG